AUGGCAGACCAACCAACCCAUCUUCCUCCCAGUGAAUUGGGAACCAAGGAAUACUGGGAAACCUUCUACGCGCGCACCCUCUCGCACCUCUCCACCAGAGCCUCCGAAACCUCCAAACCCGCCCACCAAGCUUCGAAUCGAGAAAAUGAAAACUCAGGCGAAGAAGACGCAGACUCAGACGCAGACUCAGACGCAGAUGACGACUCCGACCCCGGCACAUCGUGGUUCUCUGAACACAACGCCCCCGAAAAGGUCCUCGAUUUCUUGACUUCUGACGACUUUCCGCUUGCGCCUGCCAAGACUCUCCCCUCCUCUACCUCUACAUCAACAGGAGCAAAAUGGAAUGGCAAGGUGCUGGACGAUCAACCUAAAUUACUCGAUCUGGGGACCGGGAAUGGGAGUAUGUUAGCACUUCUACGAAAGAAAGGAGGGUAUACGGGGGAAAUGGUUGGGGUUGAUUAUUCGCGACAGAGUGUUGAGUUGGCGAGGGAGUUGCAGAAGGCUAGGGGGCAUUCUGCCUACCGAACAGACUCUGACGAGUCUGAGGAUGAGGAUGGCAAUGCCCCUCAAUCGGAAUCUCAGACAGAGAAAGAGGGAGGCACGCAAAUCCGCUUCGAAGAAUACGACAUCCUCAGCCCACCCCCGCAAGAGAGACUGAAUUGGUUCCCGCAGGCUAACGGGGGUUUCGAUAUUGUCCUCGACAAGGGUACUUUCGACGCGAUCUCGCUAUCCGAAGAGACCGUUGCCGAGAAGCGGGUCUGCGAACGGUAUCCUCCUGUUGUGGUGGGGUUAGUGCGCAGGGGUGGGUUCUUGGUUGUCACGAGUUGUAAUUGGACCGAGGAGGAGAUUGUUCGGUGGUUUGUUGAUGGGACGAGGGGAGAGUUGAGCAUUUGGGGUAGGGUUGAGUAUCCGCGGUUUAGGUUUGGGGGGAAAGAAGGGCAGGGAGUUUGUACGGUUUGUUUUCAGCGUUCUUGA